UUCGCUCUUUUGGAACCGAAGACCGGGAGACUCAGUUUCAGAUUGCACCACAAAGCCAAAUCUAUGACUACAUUCUUUUCCGCGGUUCUGAUAUCAAAGACAUUAGAGUCGUUAACAACAGCCUUCCCCAUCCCAAUGACCCGGCUAUAAUGCAAGUACAGCUACAAAAUGGUCAGCAUAUGAUGCCACAUUUUCCCAUGCCCAAUAUGAACCCACCGCAUGCACCACCGAUGAGUGCAGUUGGAGGUUAUGGUAAUCCUUUCGGUAUUGGCGCACUGGGCAUUGGUGGAGCUGGCGGUGGAGCACCUUCGCUAGCUCCUGGCACUGGCGCACCUGGGCCAUACAUGUUGGGUGGAGGUAACCAGCAGCAACAACAACCACCGCAGCAACCGCCCCAGCCACCACAGCAGCAACAACAGCAACAAUCGAAAUCCCAGCAGCAACAGAAACAACCAAGUGAGUUACUUCCCAGCAACAGCAACAACAGCAAUCUGACCCAUCUUCAGCAACAAGAUCAAAUGCAGGAACCACCACAACAGCAGCAACAAUCAGUGCAUAAUAAAACAAUUGCAUCCACUAUACCGUCGAAUCAAACCCAGUUGCAACAGCAGCAGCAUAAUGAUUCUAAUACUUCAGUCCACUUAAAUAUAACGCCAACGUCGAAUACUUUAAAUCUAGGAGCGAUUGGUAGUGUUGCUAGUAUGAUUGGUAGUAAUGGUAAUAGCGGCAUCAUCGGUGGUAGUCGCAUGGCUAGCGGCGGUAUCGGCCUGAUUGGCGGUUUACUUGGUAGUGGUGGAGGUACUUCUGCUGGAAGCAACAGUACAAUUUUAGGUGCAGCUAACAAAGCGAAGAAAAUAUUACCUCAAACGGCACUUAACGAACCCAAAGAUCAAGACACGAUUGCCGGCGCAUCACGCUCAACGACGCCAAUGAGCCAUGUUUCGCUGAAAAGUGAUUCGUCUGUACCCAAUAUGCUUGCUAAUCCCAAGAAAAAACCGGCUCCUCAGAAUAAGAAUAGUGGACAUGGUGGCAGCUCACACGAUGCAGACAACAAGCGACAAAAUCACCAACAGCGCGGUGGCAACAAUAAUCAACGCAACAAUAACAGUGACUUCCAUGAAAAGUACCGUGUUCGACACGAUUCUGGUGGCUAUAGCUAUCGGCAUCAUGAAAUGAGUGGUGGCAACAAUUAUGGCAACCAACGUAAUAACCAUCAACGCGGGGGUGGUGGCGGUGGCGGUGGCGGCGGUCAAAACCAUGCUUGGACCAUGCACCGCGGCAACCCUAACAAUGGUAACAACAUGAUGGUCCGCAAUCGGGGUGGCGGACGUGGUCGCAUGCAAAAUCAAGGCUAUCGACCAAUGGGCGGUCCCGGUGGUAAUCAAAAUAAACCACGGAAUCCGAAGAACACAAUUAAAUUCUUACAAGAUUUCGACUUUGAACAGGCCAAUGUUAAAUUCGAAGAGCUACGUUCCCAACUGUCCAAACUCAAGGUGGGCGAAGAACCCAAAACCGAGCAGAUGAAUGGCGAAACAGAUAAAAAGGACGAUUCCGGCAACGAGACUGGUGCCGGAGAGCAUGAACCGGAAGAGGAAGAAAUCACUGUUGGAUACGAUAAGACAAAGUCCUUCUUUGAUAAUAUUUCAUGCGAGGCAGCACAGGAUCGUAGCAAGAACAAGAAGAAUGACUGGCGUCAUGAACGCAAAUUGAAUAGUGAAACAUUUGGGGUCUCAUCGACAAGACGCGGCGGCUAUCGUGGACGUGGCAACUAUUACAAUCGUAAUAUGGGCUCUUAUGGUGGCGGUUAUAAUCGGAAUUAUCGUGGUGGCAACCUUUAUCGUAACCGUGUCAGAAAUGCAAAUGCCGCAUCUAGCAAUGCGAAUGGCGGCACUUCUAAUACUUCUAAUACUAAUACCGGUAAUCCCGGUGCAUCUAAUAACAUUAACAAUGGUGCCAACACAGCUUCAGCACUGAAAAACUCGGUGCCACAACCACAGCCAUCAUUUUCAGCGACUGUUUCAACGCCAAAUGCCACGAAAUCGACAACUGUGGAAAAUAGCAACACACCUCAGCCAACAGCAACUGGUGGAGUUGGCCAAUAAUGAUUACAAUUCUGAGAAACUAACAAGAAGGCAUUAAUAAAUACAAUAAUAGCACCAGAAGCCACAAGAAAUCAACAAAUAUCAAAUAUAUCAAACACAGUACACAAAUGAAAACAUCAUUAAAAAGGUUUAUAAGCAUCAUCAAUGGCAAAGUAAAAUAAAAUAAGGAAGAAAUAUUUUUAAAUUUUUUGCUGACGUCCUACGCUCCCAAUGAGAACAGACAAACGAAAUCAAAAUUUACUUUACAAAAUAUUUCUUCCAAGAACUCGGGAUGCAUGCUAAGAUGUUUAUUGCUGAGCAUCAACAUUAAAUUUUUCGGACCAAUUUGAGCGAAAAAAGGGCGCCAGCAAUACACGAUUAAUAUUUGUAAUGAUGAUUAAGUACAUACAGAAGAAAAAGCAAACCAUUAAUAAUACAACGGAGAAACAUUCAAUGAUGAUAGUAUAGUUAGUUUCAUUAAAUAUGAAACAACUAAGUCCAAUCGAACGAAAGGCAACAAAAGUAAUAAAAAAAAAUAUUAAAAGAAAUGAAAGAAUUUGUAUGUUAUAAAAAUGAAAUGAAAUUGAUUUUUAAGAAGGAAAACAACUUUAAAUGAAUAUAAGAAUGUACUGCUCUAAAGAAAGAAAGAAUUGCUUAUCAUAGUGAAGUUAAUGGAUGUAAUUACACGAAAAGGAAGAGCGAAAGUAAAGCCAGAUCGAUUUGUAUUGCGAAAAUGGUGGUGGUAUGCUUUUCGACACGAAGCAUACGAUUAAGAAAGCAUUUACAAACAUUAAAACAAAAAGGAAAUAAAAUUAGAAAUAUAAAUACGUCUUUUGUGCUGAAUCCUUAAUUAAAAGCAAAAAAAAACAUACAAAAAGAAAAAAAAAACCAUUAAAUUUAUAGAUUAAAUAAAAAAGUAAUUUUAAAAUUAUGCAGAGGAUGAGAGUGAGCCAAUUAAGAGGAGUAUAAAUUUAUAAAACUAUUAAAGAACAUCAGGUUAAUACAACAGUUAAAAUGUCGAUACCGACCAUGAUUACUAAGUACUCGUACACAUACUUGUAAGUUGACUGGCCUAUAAUACUGAAUUAAUUCAUUCAGAGUAAACAAUUAAUGAAAGGGAACAACCUUUUUAAAGCGCACACACACACCCAUACAUAUGCGAAAAGCAAAACGGCAUCGAAUAUAUAUGGCUGACGGCGACAUUAUCAACUGUGGUAAAUUAAGGCAGAACUGAGUUUUAGGAAUACAGCUUAAAGCAUAGCGGAUAGCAGCAGCAGCGCAAGAGACCAUAGAGAUGGAAGGAAUGUAAAAUUCUAAGAAUUUUAUACCAGAAAUCAAUACAACUUAAAUUUUUCAACUCUACAA